UCAGACAUAACAUGUGAUAUUAUGUGGAUUCCUUUUAAUACCACUCCACAGCAUAAUGUCGUGAUAUUAAGGGGGGGACUUUUAUUUUGAAAUGUGUUCCUUCUCACGCUUGCCGCAAUGUUCAGUGUAUGCGCGCUCUAAGAAACAGCGUGGGGGCUAGUUUGACCAAGCGUUUUGAAGUGGGGGCUGGCUUGACCGCAGUAGAAUAUCUACCGCUCUGGCUUUAGUGAUAAUGUGAUGUGGGUUUGGUUGUACCCUCAGGAAAACUUUCUCUCCAGUUUUUUUUUUUGGCAGUGUGAGGUUGGUGGAUGGUGGCAGUCGCUGUGCUGGGAGAGUGGAGGUUCUUCAUAGAGGGCAGUGGGGAACAGUGUGUGGUGAUGACUGGGAUAUGAGUGAUGCUGCAGUGGUGUGUAGAGAGCUGGGCUGUGGAGAAGCUGUAGAUGCACUGGGCAAAUCUCAUUUUGGAUCAGGAUCAGGACCAAUCUGGAUGGAUGAUGUGGACUGUAGUGGAUCAGAGUCUAGACUGAAGAACUGUAGAUCACCAGUAUGGGUUAAACAUGACUGCAAUGAAACCCACAAUUCUGGAGUCAUCUGUUCAGGAGCCAGGCUGGUUUUAGGUUCUCGCUGCUCUGAGAGAGUGGAGGUUCUUCAUGGAGAGAGCUGGGUCACAGUGUGUGAUGCUGACUUUGACCAGCAGGGUGCAGAGGUUGUGUGUCGAGAGCUGGGCUGUGGUUCUCCUGUGAAGGUUCUGGGAGCAGCUGCGUUUGGUAGAGGGGAGGGUCAGGUGUGGUCAGAGGUGCUUCAGUGUAGAGGAAACAAAUCUCAGACUCACUUCUGUCCAAAAUCAUCUUCACUCAAACACAACUGCUCCCAUGAUAAUGAUGUGGGACUGGUGUGUGCAGGAGUCCUGCUGGUUAAUGGCUCUCGCUGCUCUGGAAGAGUGGAGGUUCUUCAUGGUGAGAGCUGGUUCACAGUGUGUGAUGCUGACUUUAACCAGCAGGAUGCAGAGGUUGUGUGUCGGGAGCUGGGCUGUGGUUCUCCUGUGGAGAUUCUGGGAGCAGCUGCUUUUGGUAGAGGGGAGGGUCCGGUGUGGUCAGAGGAGCUUCAGUGUAGAGGAAACGAAUCACAGAUUCACUUCUGUCCAAAAUCAUCUUCACUCAAACACAACUGCUCCCAUGAUAAUGAUGUGGGACUGGUGUGUUCUGGUUCUUCUCUGGCGUCUCAUGAGGGAGGAGUGCGGUUGUCUGGAGGGAUGGAGUGUGAGGGGGAGGUGGAGGUGUUCUUCAGGCAGGAGUGGAGGAGAGUUCUGCUGGACUCCUGGAGUGAGUCUGAGGCCUCUGUGGUCUGCAGACAGCUGGGCUGUGGUUCUGUACUCAACAUCUCCAGCUCCUCUUCAUCCAGUCCUGAACACAGCUACAUGUGUGUGACAGGUUUCAACUGCUCUGGGAGUGAAGCUCAUCUGAGGAACUGCAGCAGCUCACAAGCAGUUAACUGCAGCUCCACGGAACAGCUCUACAUCACCUGCUCUGGCUACAGCUUCAUCAGGCUGGUUGGUUCUGGGGGAGACUGUGCUGGAAGGCUGGAGGUUUUCCACAGUGGAUCAUGGGGGACAGUGAGUGAUGAAUUGUGGGAUAUUGAGGAUGCGCAGUUGGUCUGCAGACAGCUGCAGUGUGGAGUCGCCCUCAGUGCUCCAGUACCAGUACCAGCCCGGUUUGGAUCUGGAACUGGACCCAUAUGGCUGAAUGAGGUGGAGUGUGAGGGGAACGAGGCGUCUCUGUGGAACUGCAGAUAUCAGCUGUGUGGAGAGGAUGAAUGUGGACACAAGGAUGAUGUAGGAGUCGUCUGCUCAGGUACAGUGUGCUGAUUGCUGGUGUUCUUACAACACUUCACCUGUCAGACCUCUAAAUUUUCUCUUCAGUGCUGAAAGUGAGACUUAGUUAAACUGUUAAAAUAAGACUUGUUAAACCAAUCUAAAGUUGUUGCCAUGUGGGUCAGCCAGACCUCUUCCUGUACCUUUUUUUUCUUGUUUUUUUGAAUGUGUCAGAAUGUAUCUAAAGGGCAAACUAAAUUGUUUCAAAUUGA